CGAGAGAAACGACUUGUUAAAUUACAGCAGCAGCUAGAAACGCAGCAAAGUAACCUGAACUUUAUCGAAAAAGAUCCGUUGAAAAAGGCGAUCUUAAAGAAAGGUUUGGAUAUUGUGAAAAAACGGAUUGACGGCUUGAGCGAGGAACCAUCCACUUCAAAAUCUGAAAGCGAUUUGAACGCUGAACUUGAAGGAGAAUGGUGUACCGUCGGGGAUGUGGCUGCCCUUGACAAAGAAGUGGAAAGGGCGGUUAAAGCCGUGGAAACGGCUCGUAAUGGGAACAUGAGCAGUGAAACAGUGGAAAAAGCUGAAACUAGAAGAGCAGAGAUGAUGGAACGACGACGGGCAACGUUGGCUGCUCUACAAAAGAUGAAAUCUGCUGAGGAGGGAUUGCAGAGCAUAGCUGCAUCUGUGGAGGCGACGAGUAGCAGUGAUAUAUCGUUGUCGGGUACGAUCAUUGAGCUGAAACAUGCCCGUGCACGUCUUGCAUCCUACGGAAAUCUCAAAAAAGAAGCAGAAAGGGCGGCAGAGAAGAUGUUAGCAUUGGAUGACAACGUUCCUCAAUCAAUAACGCAAUCUACUCGAAAACGCAUUCGAGAGUUGGGAGAUAAAUGGAGAGAGUUGGAGAAUACAAUAGAGGAUCACUUGAGUUGCGCCCGAAAAGAACAAAAGCGAUCUGUGCAA